AUGGUUAGUAAAAGUGCAGUAAGUGGCGAGGAACGCCCUGUUUUUAUUCCACCUCGAAAGCGACAGACAUCGAAAAAAGUGAAUGGCGCACAAAACUAUGUGGACCACAUAGUUAAUGUACAGAAUCGACAAAAACUCUCCCCUUCUAACCCGGCACUUGAUGAGGACUUACUUAAAACAUCAUUGAUAUUGAAAAACAAACAACCACUGCCACAAAUACCAGGAGCACAAAGCAAUGGAGACGCUGUCGAUAACCAGUCGACACACAAAUCUACACAAUCUGUGGAUAAUAUUUAUGAGGAUGAUAAUGAAUUACAGAACUUCGAAAGCGUUUCACAGGGCACAAAAUCGACAAAUCGCCAUGAAAGCAGCACAGUUACGCCGAGCAGUUACUCAGAGAGUAGUUUGGACGCAAAAUCGCACGAUUGUCUUAGUAAUCGCUCUUCGUCGAAGAAACGUGUAAAUAUACGCACCGAUCCGUCGCAUAUACGCAGCCAGCGGGAAUCGCCGGAAAUAACCAACUAUGAAGAUCUGGAAUCAGGUGAAACGAGCGUUUUGAAUGUUGAUAUGCAUAGUUUGGAGCGGUAUAAUACGAGAAGGUCAAUGGAUAGUAACUAUCUGACUAUGACAGGUACAAUUAAGCGUGGCCGCAAAAAGGGUCAAAGCGUCGAUUUACAAAUCAAUAUCAGUCGUGAGGAAUUGGAGCAGAUCAAUGCAGUUGCGGCCGCUGCACAAGUGAAUAAGAAGCAAAACUUAUGUUGCACCUGUACACCGAAAACUGGUUUACAUAUCCUAAUUCUGUCGUUAAUAUGUCUUCCAUUCAUAACUGUAAUCUCAAGCAUUUAUUCAUUUUAUAUCGGCACAUUAACCUGGUAUAAUAUGUUCAACUACUUCAAUGAGGAGAAAUCGUGUAUAUAUAAAUUUUUUAUGUCACCUAUACUAAUACUCGCCUAUCCCGUCGGCAUACUCGUGUGCACACUGGGUCUAGGCCUCUAUUCGGGCAUCGCACAAUUGAGUUUGCAGCUUAAUAGUUGGUUAAAUGAGGUAGCCGAUAUUGAGAAGGGCUUCUACGGUUGGUUAUGCUCAUUUCUACAUCUCUCCGACUGUAGUCCGUACGAGGUCGUCAUACUAAUGGAUAUACAACCGACACACGAUGUGCCACGUGUACAUGUAAAUACCUCAACGGAAGAGCUAUCGCUCUAAGCGCCCAAAGAUUGCAAAAUGAAGAAUAUGCCUACAUAGUACAUAAUGCCUAUGUACACGUAUGUAUAAGUGUAUGUAUUUACAACUCAAUAGUGAACACAAACCGUCGAAAGGAUAGUGAUAUAAGAUAAUUAUUGUAGCAGCAAGAGAAUCGUAAUUUUUUUGGCUAGAAAGUGAACGAAGUGGUGAUUCGGCAUUUUAUCAGGUGAUAAUAAAAACAAACGUAAUAUUUUGGAAAUAUACUAUUCAAGCACUGUAAGAUUUUAUGAACUAUUUGUUUAAUAUAGUUUGCAUAAUAGUGUACAAACUAAUUUUUAAUGUACGCAUGGGACGCACAUUUAAGAAAUACUUCAUUACAACAAAAAUACAGAUAUUAAAGAAAGAGAACGGAUAAGGGAGAGCUUAGUAUCAUACAUUCUACAUUGUAGAAUCGCUUAUUGUUACGAGUGUAAAGCAAAUUUCUUAUACUUAAACUUCCGAACUUUUUUAGGUAUUGUGACGUAUAAUAAGACUUCUUUAAGGUAUGUAGUUAAUUUUUCUAAAUCACUAUAUAUAAAAAACAUUACAAAUGUAGACAUUUAGGUUAGGUUAAACCAAAAAGGUCAGCGUAGAGACUCACACUCUUACAUAAAUCGUAAACCGGUAAUCAGUGCUUGCUAUGAUAACCAUAAGUGGACAACUAAAGGGUGAACCAUUUAAAGGUUCCCUACUUUUUUUAAGGAAAAACACAGAAACUUCAAACUUUAUGGGAAAU